AUGGCCCAUUUGGUCAACCGGUCCACCACUACUAAGAUGGAAUUGUGUCCAUGGGAAUUCAGGAGCUCUUCAAUGAAAUCCAUCAAAAUGCUGGACCAUGGCUUCGUAGCCACUUCCAGUGGUUUAAGCUCUCCAUGGGGUCUCUGCCUGACUGAGCGUGAGGCAGUGCAGGAGUUGAGGGACAUUCUAGGAGAAGUGAGGAGUAGUAUAGAUAGGUUACAGGUCGCUGAACUUCUUCAGCGAUCCUUGAUUGUUUUAGCCGUAGUUCCCCUACGAGUACCCUGUCCUAGUGAGACAUCGACGCCACACUACGACGUAGUUAGCCGAGGUUUGUCGACCUAUCAAGGAUCGCUCUUACCGACGACCCGUACAAACCUCGGAGCAGUUCAAGAUUGUAUGCAACCGGAAAGAAGAGUUACAAGAAGUAUGAGUAGACCAGGAGAAACGGUAGAAGAGACGGAGAGGAGGAUGUUGGAGGAAUUAAGACAAAACUUGGGGCCAUUGCCUGGUGCAAUUGAUACCCCCGAAGGAUCAACCCAAGGAGAUGAUUUUUAUCCACCCCUACCUCUUGAACCACCCCCCCUGCCAACCGGAUUAUCAGAACCACCGACUGUAGGGACAGGUUCAGAAGGGUCGGGACAAACACCGCGACCAAGGGAGAAGAACACGGAAGGUGGACUAAGUUCGGCGGGGAGCGAAGGAGUAGGGAGAGCGGAGGAAGAGGCCACCACUCAGAAAAUGAUGCUGGCGAUGAUGAACAUGAUGAUGGAGAUGAACAGGGACAUGAUAGCGGAGAGGAGACGUCGGGAGGAACAGGAGAAGAAGAAGGAACAGGAGACGGUUGGAGGAAUAGGGGAGAAGAAAGAGGAAGUAAAUCGGGGAGGGGAACGGAGGAGCGAGGAGAAAUGGCAAUCUACGCCGAAGUUCGAGGGCGCGCAAUCGAAGGGCACGAACGGGGGAAGGGCAAUACCAACGGAUGUAGACGAACUAAAUCGUCGUUGGCCGAGACCCAGUGCUGAUGAGGUUUUAAAGCGUCGGGAGGAAGGGAAGUGUACUGGGUGUGGAGAGAGAGGGCAUUACAACCGGGAUUGUCCUGUAAUAGCGGCGAAGGUAAAAGCCGGGAUCAUCCCCUUGAGAUCUUUUGGACAAAAUGCUGGAGGAGAAGGGAGAUUUAGCACGGGAGGAAACGCCGUCCCUCUUGGGGACAGGAAGAAGAUCAAUGCAGUUGGAGGGGAAGAAGCAUGUGUUGGAGAGCGGGGGAUGGACGAGGAGGAAAAAGAUGGGGACCCGUCGCGAUAG